AUGGGGGAUCCAAACGCUGUGGAGCUGCGCCCUAUCGACGAAGACCACAGCGAAGGGGACAAAAAUUCGGGAAACGCAGGUGAUAGAAGGAAGCACCAUCGAAGGAAGGAGAAUGCACCUGGUUCGCAUAGUGAUGACCGACGGGGAAGUCAAUCAGGGGGGCACAGCGAUGCACACAAAAGGAGGCAAAAUAGCCACCACGGUAGGGAUUGUUCGGGGAGGGGAAGUGCAGAGCCAAUCAGGGGUGAAAACGGCGCAUCAGCGAAGGAAGCUGUUAACAAACAUGCUAAUGAAGCAACCAACGAAGCAGCUGCGGAAACCUCCCGACCAAGGGAACGGCGAAGCCGCGGGCCCAGCGAGGGGCAAGACGACUCCACCUGUGCCGACCUCGAUGAAGAAACCAAGUUUAUGGAAAACUGGGAGGAAACGCAGAAAAGGCUGUACGAUCCAACGAUAGGGUUAAGGAGGCACUACACAAACGAACUACUCUCAUGUGGGGAAAAGAACAACGUACGUGUAUUGGAGAAGUGGUCCUCUAUGAUUAACAGAGACAUCAACUGGUUCAUGAAGACACACAAAACGACCUUCCUAAGGAGAGUAAAAAGAGGGAUCCCACAAAAAUAUAGGUGGAAAGUGUGGUUCCAAAUAACCAACAGUAAAAUUCUGCUGAACAAAUUUCAAAAAAAAUAUUAUUUUUUAUCAAAAAAAAAGUCCAAUUAUACAAAUUUGAUAACAAUAGAUAUAUCGAGGACCUUCCCCGAGUUGUUAAUAUUUGAUAAAUAUGCUCAGGAGCAGCUUUUUCGCAUUUUAAAUGCGUAUUCAAAUUAUGAACCGUCUGUAGGGUACUGUCAAGGGAUGAAUUUCCUCGUGGGACUCCUACUCAUAGUCAGCAACUUCAACGAAAUGGAAACGUUCUGCGUACUAGUUAGUCUCAUGAAUAAUUAUCACCUGAAGGAAUUUUAUAAAGAAAAAUUUCCUCUACUUAAUAGAUACAUCUACCUGUUUGAGAAAAUAUUACAAUGUGAAGUUCCCGACUUGGUUGACCAUUUCAAUCAGGAGGAAGUAUUCCCCCCUGUGUACCUACACCAGUGGUUACUAACACUAUUCAUUGCUAGUCUCCCCAUCAAAAGUGUAAUAGUCAUAUGGGAUUACCUCUUCAGUACGAGCAUAAAAACCAUUCUCUUGAUUUCCGUUGCUCUGUUGAAAAUAUUAAAAAGCUACCUAAUGAAACAUAAAUUUGAAAAAAUUUUAAAAUUAUUAAAAUCGUUAAAGUACAAUGAAAGCAACGAUGAUAUUCUCAUAGCAAAGCUGUUGAUUAAAAAAUCCGAGUCUGUUAAUUUAAGUCCUGAACUUAGCUUCCUCUUUGAUAAUAUUGAGAGGGAGGAUAUUCCCUUCGAUGGACAGUUCAAAUUUUUCAUUGGAGAUAUCAACAAUUGCCAUUUUACCCACGUGGAGGAACAGCUCAACCCCAAUGGUACAGCACUUACUGAUGGUGCAAACAAGGACCAAGCGAGAAGCACCAAUUGGGACCAGUCUUGCCCAGCCAACUCCACUCCAGGGAACUUCCCCCCAGGGAUCUUUUCCCCUGUGAGCUUCACCCCGGGCAAUUUUAGCCCGUCCAAUUUGUCUGCCCUUGAUGGAGUUCCCCUGCUGAACUUCUUCUCCAACCGAGUGCUUAAAAGGGACAGCAAAGCGGAGCGUCAAGGAGAGAGGAAAUAUUCCCAGGGGAAAGCGUCUAGGGGGCAGAGCCACACGCCCCAGAGAUCGCCAAAACCAAAGCGAACGCAUGAAGAAGAUGCGAAGGAAAUGACCCCGCCAAACAACUGCGAUAGGAGAGGUAGAAGGGGAGAGGAAAAGGAAAACCAACAGGAUGAAUAUGAUGAGGAUAUCCAACAUGGGGAGGAAAAAGCGAAGAACGUACGAGAGCGAAAUAACAUGAACACCUUUUACUACAAAAUUUUAAGCAGCAAUGAAAAGAACUUAAAAAGAAAUAAAAAUGCAACUGUGACUAGCCAAAAUAGCAGCAACGAAACGGGAAAUGACAUUUUCAGCAAUUCGACCAACCAGACCGAUCGGACCCACCAACAUGUGAAGUCCUCAAGUGUGCCCAGGUCACUCCCCAUCGGAGGAAGCAAAUCGAAAAGCAUCAACAUGAACAGGAGCACUGGGGAGUACUACGUUGCAGGGAGGGGAAGGCAACCACCACGCACUAACCAUAAGAAGGACUCAAAGGGGAUGUUGCCAAAUCAGAUUGGUUCAUGCCCAAGUAGUUACGAAGAGAAGAAGCGUACGCCACUGAAUUGUGAUCGUAGCGACGCGGCAACCGGGGAGAACCAUCAGAAGUCACUCCGUUCUGCGAAUGAGGGAAGCCACUCACGCCAUGCAGAUAGUAACGAACCUAGCCAGGGAAUCACCGAAGACAAUGCAAUGACUAACACGAACGACUAUAAGAUGUAUGACAGUUAUGUAAGCGAAGAAGAUUUGUCUAGCUUCAACGUAGCGGGACAGCAAAUUAUUAAAAGUGGGAAGAAAAGUCGCCAUAACCGUGGCAGGGGCGAAAAAAGAACUGAUGACCAACGUGGCUAUAGAGAGGAACAUCCCUCCGAUGAAGAGGACGAUCAAGCAGACCAACACGUGUUGUACAAAAGUGACUCCUUCGUCGAAUUCAACCGAAGGAAGAAAUGCGAUUCAGGGGGGAAGAAGCAGGAACAGGGAGAAAAAUACGAUUUACUAAAAGGAAAAUCCAUAACUUAUCGUAAUGGGAAUGGAAAGGAAGAGAAAGAAACGAGGAACAACUGUCGUUACAACUCUCAUUGCAACUCCCGUAGCAACUCCGUGGAGGAAAAUCAACAAACAAAACAGUUCAGACUUAGUAAGGAAAGGAAAAGUCUCACAGGCAGCUUAAAAAGACACGCAUAUUACCAUAACCCAAAUGACGCCAAUAAUGAGUCUUACUACCCCUUUAGGGAAAACUCUGCCCCGAGGGAUGAAGGCGACUGGCUAAGGGAUGAUGACAACCAAGCAGAAAGUAUCAUCACAGGAAAGGUGAAACAGUUUGAAAAAAAAAUGAAUGAAGAGGAGGAACAAGAAAUUAGCAAUGCGAAGGAACUACGCAGGACCAAAACAGGAGAAACAGCUGAAAGUCAAGAUAAAAAUCAGGAUGAAGAAAUCGAAGAAGCGGAAGACGACAACGAUGAGGAAGAAGAAGGAGAAAGCAUUUUCAGCAUCAGCCAAUAUAUUAACCCGGAAGACAGCGAAAAGAAACAAAACAAUGAGGAAAAAAAUAAUGGACUAGGUAUUUUUAAUUUAAUACACUCCUACGCCAAAGAGAGUAGCUGGUUUGACGUGUCUUCAAUAAAUAAAUACUACCAGUUUGGCAAAGCCAGCGGAGACAUGGAGUUGGGUGACAUAAACGCAGAUAACGAAGGGGAGAAUAAGGGGCCGUAUGCACAGGGUCAGAAGCGGGACGAUGGGAACUAG